UGUCAAUCACGCUAUUUACGGUCAGGUCUUACUGACACGCGCUGAACAGUGUGCAUGAAAAAACACUAAAAACACAAAACGAUUGCUGCUCACAUUGACCGCAGUGUUCGUGGAAGCAACCGGAAAUAAUCUCGAAGUAAGCACUACGUAAAAAUUCAGGAAAUUGUAAGGUGAUUUACUUUGAGUUCCCGCUUGCAAUGCUUGCAAAAUUGAACCAGGGUGCGUCAGGAUCCCUGUGUUCUCAACGCAGGAUCGAGAUGAAACGCAAGAUUGGACCUUCGAGAAGCCUGAAAAUGUUCAGGUCGUUUGCUAAGAGAAUGUUGCUUAUUGGACUUAUCUUUGGGGCAUGCUAUUCAGAGGUCAACUCCGUCAAAUGCUACAUGUGUUUUUCCAGGACUUCAUUUGAAGAUUGUGACAAUAACUUGGAGAUACAUGACUGUUCUACGAUUCCAGGACGUUACACCUACGACACUUGCCAGAGCAUUUAUAUCGUACGCCGAUUAAAUGCCACCACCAACCUCUACACUUAUAGACGAGCCUGUGCCCAGAAACACCAGUGCGAGUUGACAAUCAAGCGAUGCGAGUCCCUUAACAUGUACUGCGAGAAUGAGUGUUGCUAUGACAACUUGUGUAAUGAUGCCCGCAAGCUUUCAGGCCUGGUCAGCGUAAUAGUUGUGUCACUACUGAUUGUUUCCAUGUUGGUUUAUCAGUAGUCAUACCAUGUCUAGCGCCAUGUUUCAGACCCUGUGGAUAGAUUCAGGGAUUUCUAUUUUUAUUGUUACUAUGGGCGUUAGGAAUAGAAUUCUGAAUGAAGAUGCUAAUCGUUCUUUGGACGAAGGCGCGCAAAGAGUUCCUGUGAUGACGUCGGGUUCGUCGUAACCAUGAUGCAUUGCGCGGCUUUGGCUCGAUUUUGAUGCCUUAAGGGUAUUGUUAAUGUAGUAUAAAUAAGAUAUUUUUUUCAAAACAAUAAAAAGAGCUAACCGACA